AUGGGGUUUGGCAGGAGGAUACGGGUAACAGAAUGGGCCUUCCUGUUAGCAGUUUGCUGUAUCCAUCAGACAGGAGCUCAGACUGAAAUCCAGCAGGAAACAGGAAGUAUCUACACUGAGGUUGUUCAGCAGGAACAAAACAUUUCUGCUACAGUUUCAUCUAAGGUCAACAUCAUCCAGACAAUGCUGACAAAUCCAAUAAUAACACCUUCCAACCCUGCUCACAAUGGCCACGUGUGCAGCACAUGGGGCAACUUCCACUUCAAGACCUUUGAUGGAGACAUCUUCUACUUCCCUGGGCUCUGCAAUUAUGUUUUUGCAUCCCAUUGCAACACUCCCUAUGAGGAUUUCAACAUCCAGAUGAGACGUACGGUGGUAGAAAAUACUCCAACAAUCAGCCGUAUUGCCAUGAAACUUGAAGGUGUAGCCGUUGAGCUAACAAAGGAUGUUGUCAUGGUCGAUAGCAACAGAGUUCAACUGCCACACAGCCAGGCUGGAAUUACAAUAGAGAGAAGCAGCAUUUAUGUGAAAGUUGUCAGCAAAAUGGGUGUUGUAUUUAUGUGGAAUGAAGAUGACAGUAUUCUGCUGGAACUGCAUGAGAAAUAUGCUAAUCAGACCUGUGGGCUUUGUGGAGACUUCAAUGGCAUUCCAAUUUACAAUGAGUUCUAUUCUAACAAUAUGAAAAUGACAGCCUUACAGUUUGGGAAUAUGCAGAAAAUGAAUGGGCCAACAGAAAACUGUGAAGACCCCACUACUUCCCUGCCAGAUAAUUGCACAGAUAUUUUUGAUGACAUAUGCCAGAAAACAUUGACCAGCUCUUCAUUUGCAGAAUGUAAUGAUCUAGUUGAUGUUAGUGAGUACAUUAUGGCUUGCCAAGAAGAUUUGUGCCGCUCUGAAGAGUCAAAAAAUGCUUCGUGUAUCUGUGACACCUUUGCUGAAUACUCCCGACAGUGUGCUCAUGCUGGUGGGGAACCUCUGAACUGGAGAACCUCAAAACUGUGCCCCAAGACGUGUCCUUACAACAUGGAGUACUUGGAGUGCAGCUCCCCCUGCACUGACACAUGCACCAAUCCUGAACGAUCUCAGUUUUGUGAAGAGCACUGUAUGGAUGGCUGUUUCUGCCCCCCAGGAACUGUGUUUGAUGACAUAAACAAUUCUGGCUGCAUCUCCCGUCAACAGUGCUCUUGUAUUUACAAUGACAAAACCUACACUCCAGGAACUUCUUUUUCAGACCAGUGCCAUUCCUGUACAUGUAACGGAGGCCAAUGGAGUUGCACAGACAUGUCAUGCCCAGGAAUAUGUUCAGUAGAGGGAGGCUCACACAUUUCCACAUACGAUCAAAAACAGUAUGAUGUCCAUGGAGACUGCAUGUAUGUCCUUUCUAAGCACUGUGAAGAUGAAACAUUCACCAUCCUGGCAGAACUACGCAAGUGUGGCCUGACAGACACUGAAACAUGCUUAAAGACAGUGGCCCUCAGCAUGAAUAAAGGACAAACUCUCAUUGUGGUCAAACCUGACGGUGGCGUGUUUGUGAACUUGAUCUACACCCAGCUGCCCAUCUCAGCAGCCAAUGUCAUCAUCUUCAGACCUUCAUCAUUCUUCAUCAUCAUGCAGACAAAUUUUGGUCUCCAGCUUGAAAUCCAAAUCACACCCAUCAUGCAAGUGUUCAUUAGAAUUGAUCCUCAGUUCAAAGACCAAACCUGUGGUCUCUGUGGAAAUUUCAAUAAUGUCCAAACUGAUGACUUCAAGGCUAUGAGUGGAGUAGUUGAAGGAACAGCAGCAGCAUUUGCUAAUACAUGGAAAACUCAGGCUUCAUGCCCUAAUAUCCAGAGCAGUUUUGAGAACCCUUGCGCACUCAGCAUUGAUAAUGAAAAAUAUGCUCAGCAUUGGUGUGGACUACUAACUGACAGUGAAGGACCUUUUGCUGAUUGUCACUAUGCAGUGAAUCCUUCUACUUACCACACGAACUGCAUGUUUGACACAUGUAACUGUCAAAACAGUGAGGAUUGUCUGUGCGCAGCCCUCUCUUCCUAUGUGAGAGCUUGUGCUGCAAGAGGAAUCCAGAUAAGUGGAUGGAGGACUGAUGUCUGUUUAAAAUACACCACCUCAUGUCCCAAAUCCCUAAGUUACAGUUAUAACAUCGAUUCCUGCCAACCCACUUGUCGCUCUCUGAGUGAGCCUGAUGUCACAUGCAACAUUAAGUUUGUCCCGCUUGAUGGCUGCACCUGCAUAAAUGGAACGUACAUGGAUGAAAGUGGCAAAUGUGUGCCUUCUAAUGAAUGCCCCUGUUACUACAGAGGAUCUCCCAUACCACUUGGAGAAGCUGUCCAUGACAAUGGGCUUGUAUGCACUUGCACACAGGGAAGACUGGAUUGCAUUGGAGCACCUGAUCCAAUUCCAGUUUGUAAAUCUCCCAUGGUCUACUUUGACUGCACAAACACCACUGCAGGAACAACUGGUGCAGAAUGUCAAAAAAGUUGCCAGACUCUGGAUAUGAAGUGUUAUAGCACACAGUGUAUAUCUGGCUGUGUGUGCCCAUCUGGGCUUGUGUUAGAUGGGAAGGGUGGUUGUAUUCCUGAAGAGGAAUGUCCAUGUAUUCACAACGAAGCCAUGUAUCAGCCUGGGGAAAAGAUCAACGUUGACUGUAAUACCUGCAUGUGCAAGGAUAGGAUGUGGGAAUGCACCGAAGAUCAAUGUCUGGGUACUUGUGCUGUUUAUGGAGAUGGGCAUUAUAUCACCUUUGAUGACAAAAGAUUCAGCUUCAAUGGAAACUGUGAAUAUACACUAGUCCAGGACCACUGUGGGAAGAGUGGCACAGUCAAUGGGACCUUCCGGGUUGUCACUGAAAAUAUUCCCUGUGGUAACACUGGGACAACUUGCUCAAAAUCUAUCAAAGUUUUCCUAGAGAGCUACGAACUGAUACUUGGUGAGGAGCAUGUCAGUGUGGUAAAGAGAGGACAAGAUGGUGAGGUGCCAUACACAGUCCGCUAUAUGGGUAUGUACUUGGUAAUUGAGACCACCAGCGGACUGAUUCUCAUGUGGGACAAGAAAACCAGCAUCUUCAUCAAGCUCAGCCCUGAUUUUAAGGGCCAGAUCUGUGGCCUCUGUGGAAAUUAUGAUGGCAACGGCAUAAAUGACUUUACUACAAGGAGUCUGUCUGUAGUAGAGAAUGUCCUAGAGUUUGGAAACAGCUGGAAAGUAUCUUCUACAUGUCCUGAUGCUAACAUCAUAAAGGACCCAUGUUCUACCAACCCUUAUCGAAAGUCCUGGUCAGAAAAGCAGUGUAGCCUCAUCAACAGCAAUGUCUUUGCUGCCUGUCACUCUCAGGUUGAACCAGCAAAAUAUUACCAGGCAUGUGUGACAGAUGCUUGUGCCUGUGACUCUGGAGGAGACUGUGAUUGCUUCUGUACAGCAGUAGCUGCCUAUGCUCAAGCAUGUAGUGAAGUUGGUGUCUGCAUAGCCUGGAGAACCCCAUCAAUCUGUCCACUGUUCUGUGAUUACUAUAAUCAACAAGGGGAAUGUGAAUGGCACUAUAAGCCUUGUGGAGCCUCCUGUAUGAAGACCUGUAGGAACCCAAGCGGAAAAUGCCUCCAUAACUUGCCAGGUUUAGAAGGCUGCUACCCUAACUGCCCACCAGACAAGCCAUAUUUUCAUGAGGAUCAGAUGAAGUGCGUCAGUCUCUGUGACUGUUAUGAUAAUGAAGAUGGGAAGAUAUAUAGACGUGAUGAAUGUCAAUUAUGUGAAUGCACAUCAGAAGGUUUACAGUGCAAGUUUGAUGAUAAAGCAUGUAACUGCAUUUAUGAAGGGAACACAUAUAAAUAUAAUGAACUCAUCUACAACACCACAGAUGGAACGGGAUGGUGUUUCAGUGCAAUGUGCGAUGUCAAUGGAACAAUAAACAGAAGUAUCUUUAGAUGUGGCAUCUCAACAACAACCCCAUUUACAUUUUCUACAAGUCAACCCACAACUACUGCUUCAGGACCUGGGAAUACUGUGACAACUGUAUGUGUGAAGAACGUAUGUGAAUGGUCAGAAUGGUAUGAUAGCACACGGCCUAAAACCGGAGAGGACAGUGGAGACUACGAAAAUUUUGAAAAUCUAAAAAAGAACGGAUACAGUGUUUGUAAAAACCCAAGCGGAGUUCAAUGCAGAGCAGAAGAACACCCAGAUAUAGAAACAGAAUAUCUUGAUCAAAUAGUAGAAUGCAGUCAAACCAGAGGAUUGAUAUGCAAUAACAAAGACCAAGAAUCUAAGCAAUGCUAUAACUACAACAUCAGAAUACUAUGCUGUAGUUAUAAACCAUGUUCAGAAAUAAAAACAACUACUGCUAUAGAAACACCAUUUACAAUACAGACAAAGACACAACCACCAACUACAGGAAAACAAACAGAAGCUCGAAAAACAGCUAUAACAACAUUAACACCAAACGUCACAGAGAUAACAGAAAGCACAACCACACCAAAGCAACCCACCACAACUAGCAGUAGUGCCAGUACCAUCAAAACCUCUCCCCCUGUCACAAAAGGCACAACCACCAUCAUCACCACACCAACAGAGCCCAUUGCAUCUACCAGCAGUGCCAGCACCACCAAGGCCUCCACCCCUCUGACAGAAGGCACGACCACCACCGUCACCACACCUACCAGCAGUGCCAGCACCAUCAAGACCUCCCCCCCUGUGACAGAAGGCACCACCACCAUCACACCAACAGCGCCCACCUCACCCACCAGUACCAGUACCGCCAGCACCUCCGCCACCACGGGCAGCUGCCACGAGCGCUGUGCCUGGACACAGUGGUUUGACGUGGACUACCCAGCCUCUGGUAGCGACGAUGGAGACAUAGAGACGUUUGCAAGUAUCCGAGCUGCUGGGUUUGAAGUGUGCGUGAAGCCACAGGACAUCAACUGCCGUGCUGAAAACUACCCCAACAGGAGCCUGGAGAGCCUGGGCCAGGUACUGGAGUGCAGCGUCGAAAAAGGCCUUGUGUGCAGAAACAAGGAUCAGAUCAGCAAGUACCCCAUGUGCUACAACUACCAGGUCAGUGCGCUGUGCUGUGACCGCAAACACUGCGAGACAACACCAAGCACCACACCAAGCUCCUCAGCUACACCCACUCCUGCAGAAACGUCCACUGAGACAACCCAGACUCCCGCACCACCCACUCCUUCCUCUACUCUACCCGAGCCGACAACGCCAACCAGUGCUGGCACCACGGUUGUGCUCAAGACCAGCGUCCCUGCAACACGGGGCACGACCAUCAUCAGCACAUCCACAGCGCCCACCUCACCCACCAGCAGUAAAAGCAGACCCACGACCACUGCAGAAACGACCACAACGUCCUCCACAACAUCCAUUCCGGUCGAAACGUCCACUGCGGCAACACCUACUCCAGCAUCACCCACUACUGCCUCUACCCUUCCCCAGUCAACGAUGACGACCACCACCAGCACCACGGUGAUCAGCAGGACCUCCACCUCUCCGGCACAGAGCACAACCACAUUCACAGCCCCAAGCAGUGCCCGCACCGCCAAGGCCUCCACCCCUGUGACAGAGCCCACAACCACCAUCAUCAUAACCACACCAACACAGCCCAUCGCGCCUACAAGCAGUGCCACCACCAUCAAGACCUCUCCCCCUGUGACAGAGCCCACAACCACCAUCAUCACCACACCAACAGAGCCCAUUGCAUCUACCAGCAGUGUCAGCACCGCCAAGGCCUCCACCCCUCUGACAGAAGGCACGACCACCACCGUCACCACACCUACCAGCAGUGCCAGCACCAUCAAGACCUCCCCCCCUGUGACAGAAGGCACCACCACCAUCACACCAACAGCGCCCACCUCACCCACCAGUACCAGUACCGCCAGCACCUCCGCCACCACGGGCAGCUGCCACGAGCGCUGUGCCUGGACACAGUGGUUUGACGUGGACUACCCAGCCUCUGGUAGCGACGAUGGAGACAUAGAGACGUUUGCAAGUAUCCGAGCUGCUGGGUUUGAAGUGUGCGUGAAGCCACAGGACAUCAACUGCCGUGCUGAAAACUACCCCAACAGGAGCCUGGAGAGCCUGGGCCAGGUACUGGAGUGCAGCGUCGAAAAAGGCCUUGUGUGCAGAAACAAGGAUCAGAUCAGCAAGUACCCCAUGUGCUACAACUACCAGGUCAGUGCGCUGUGCUGUGACCGCAAACACUGCGAGACAACACCAAGCACCACACCAAGCUCCUCAGCUACGCCCACUCCUGCAGAAACAUCCACUGAGACAACCCAGACUCCCGCACCACCCACUCCUUCCUCUACUCUACCCGAGCCGACAACGCCAACCAGUGCUGGCACCACGGUUGUGCUCAAGACCAGCGUCCCUGCAACACGGGGCACGACCAUCAUCAGCACAUCCACAGCGCCCACCUCACCCACCAGCAGUAAAAGCAGACCCACGACCACUGCAGAAACGACCACAACGUCCUCCACAACAUCCAUUCCGGUCGAAACGUCCACUGCGGCAACACCUACUCCAGCAUCACCCACUACUGCCUCUACCCUUCCCCAGUCAACGAUGACGACAACCACCAGCACCACGGUGAUCAGCAGGACCUCCACCUCUCCGGCACAGAGCACAACCACAUUCACAGCCCCAAGCAGUGCCCGCACCGCCAAGGCCUCCACCCCUGUGACAGAGCCCACAACCACCAUCAUCAUAACCACACCAACACAGCCCAUCGCGCCUACAAGCAGUGCCACCACCAUCAAGACCUCUCCCCCUGUGACAGAGCCCACAACCACCAUCAUCACCACACCAACAGAGCCCAUUGCAUCUACCAGCAGUGCCAGCACCGCCAAGGCCUCCACCCCUCUGACAGAAGGCACGACCACCACCGUCACCACACCUACCAGCAGUGCCAGCACCAUCAAGACCUCCCCCCCUGUGACAGAAGGCACCACCACCAUCACACCAACAGCGCCCACCUCACCCACCAGUACCAGUACCGCCAGCACCUCCGCCACCACGGGCAGCUGCCACGAGCGCUGUGCCUGGACACAGUGGUUUGACGUGGACUACCCAGCCUCUGGUAGCGACGAUGGAGACAUAGAGACGUUUGCAAGUAUCCGAGCUGCUGGGUUUGAAGUGUGCGUGAAGCCACAGGACAUCAACUGCCGUGCUGAAAACUACCCCAACAGGAGCCUGGAGAGCCUGGGCCAGGUACUGGAGUGCAGCGUCGAAAAAGGCCUUGUGUGCAGAAACAAGGAUCAGAUCAGCAAGUACCCCAUGUGCUACAACUACCAGGUCAGUGCGCUGUGCUGUGACCGCAAACACUGCGAGACAACACCAAGCACCACACCAAGCUCCUCAGCUACGCCCACUCCUGCAGAAACGUCCACUGAGACAACCCAGACUCCCGCACCACCCACUCCUUCCUCUACUCUACCCGAGCCGACAACGCCAACCAGUGCUGGCACCACGGUUGUGCUCAAGACCAGCGUCCCUGCAACACGGGGCACGACCAUCAUCAGCACAUCCACAGCGCCCACCUCACCCACCAGCAGUAAAAGCAGACCCACGACCACUGCAGAAACGACCACAACGUCCUCCACAACAUCCAUUCCGGUCGAAACGUCCACUGCGGCAACACCUACUCCAGCAUCACCCACUACUGCCUCUACCCUUCCCCAGUCAACAAUGACGACCACCACCAGCACCACGGUGAUCAGCAGGACCUCCACCUCUCCGGCACAGAGCACAACCACAUUCACAGCCCCAAGCAGUGCCCGCACCGCCAAGGCCUCCACCCCUGUGACAGAGCCCACAACCACCAUCAUCAUAACCACACCAACACAGCCCAUCGCGCCUACAAGCAGUGCCACCACCAUCAAGACCUCUCCCCCUGUGACAGAGCCCACAACCACCAUCAUCACCACACCAACAGAGCCCAUUGCAUCUACCAGCAGUGCCAGCACCGCCAAGGCCUCCACCCCUCUGACAGAAGGCACGACCACCACCGUCACCACACCUACCAGCAGUGCCAGCACCAUCAAGACCUCCCCCCCUGUGACAGAAGGCACCACCACCAUCACACCAACAGCGCCCACCUCACCCACCAGUACCAGUACCGCCAGCACCUCCGCCACCACGGGCAGCUGCCACGAGCGCUGUGCCUGGACACAGUGGUUUGACGUGGACUACCCAGCCUCUGGUAGCGACGAUGGAGACAUAGAGACGUUUGCAAGUAUCCGAGCUGCUGGGUUUGAAGUGUGCGUGAAGCCACAGGACAUCAACUGCCGUGCUGAAAACUACCCCAACAGGAGCCUGGAGAGCCUGGGCCAGGUACUGGAGUGCAGCGUCGAAAAAGGCCUUGUGUGCAGAAACAAGGAUCAGAUCAGCAAGUACCCCAUGUGCUACAACUACCAGGUCAGUGCGCUGUGCUGUGACCGCAAACACUGCGAGACAACACCAAGCACCACACCAAGCUCCUCAGCUACGCCCACUCCUGCAGAAACAUCCACUGAGACAACCCAGACUCCCGCACCACCCACUCCUUCCUCUACUCUACCCGAGCCGACAACGCCAACCAGUGCUGGCACCACGGUUGUGCUCAAGACCAGCGUCCCUGCAACACGGGGCACGACCAUCAUCAGCACAUCCACAGCGCCCACCUCACCCACCAGCAGUAAAAGCAGACCCACGACCACUGCAGAAACGACCACAACGUCCUCCACAACAUCCAUUCCGGUCGAAACGUCCACUGCGGCAACACCUACUCCAGCAUCACCCACUACUGCCUCUACCCUUCCCCAGUCAACGAUGACGACAACCACCAGCACCACGGUGAUCAGCAGGACCUCCACCUCUCCGGCACAGAGCACAACCACAUUCACAGCCCCAAGCAGUGCCCGCACCGCCAAGGCCUCCACCCCUGUGACAGAGCCCACAACCACCAUCAUCAUAACCACACCAACACAGCCCAUCGCGCCUACAAGCAGUGCCACCACCAUCAAGACCUCUCCCCCUGUGACAGAGCCCACAACCACCAUCAUCACCACACCAACAGAGCCCAUUGCAUCUACCAGCAGUGCCAGCACUGCCAAGGCCUCCACCCCUCUGACGGAAGGCACGACCACCACCGUCACCACACCUACCAGCAGUGCCAGCACCAUCAAGACCUCCCCCCCUGUGACAGAAGGCACCACCACCAUCACACCAACAGCGCCCACCUCACCCACCAGUACCAGUACCGCCAGCACCUCCGCCACCACGGGCAGCUGCCACGAGCGCUGUGCCUGGACACAGUGGUUUGACGUGGACUACCCAGCCUCUGGUAGCGACGAUGGAGACAUAGAGACGUUUGCAAGUAUCCGAGCUGCUGGGUUUGAAGUGUGCGUGAAGCCACAGGACAUCAACUGCCGUGCUGAAAACUACCCCAACAGGAGCCUGGAGAGCCUGGGCCAGGUACUGGAGUGCAGCGUCGAAAAAGGCCUUGUGUGCAGAAACAAGGAUCAGAUCAGCAAGUACCCCAUGUGCUACAACUACCAGGUCAGUGCGCUGUGCUGUGACCGCAAACACUGCGAGACAACACCAAGCACCACACCAAGCUCCUCAGCUACGCCCACUCCUGCAGAAACGUCCACUGAGACAACCCAGACUCCCGCACCACCCACUCCUUCCUCUACUCUACCCGAGCCGACAACGCCAACCAGUGCUGGCACCACGGUUGUGCUCAAGACCAGCGUCCCUGCAACACGGGGCACGACCAUCAUCAGCACAUCCACAGCGCCCACCUCACCCACCAGCAGUAAAAGCAGACCCACGACCACUGCAGAAACGACCACAACGUCCUCCACAACAUCCAUUCCGGUCGAAACGUCCACUGCGGCAACACCUACUCCAGCAUCACCCACUACUGCCUCUACCCUUCCCCAGUCAACAAUGACGACCACCACCAGCACCACGGUGAUCAGCAGGACCUCCACCUCUCCGGCACAGAGCACAACCACAUUCACAGCCCCAAGCAGUGCCCGCACCGCCAAGGCCUCCACCCCUGUGACAGAGCCCACAACCACCAUCAUCAUAACCACACCAACACAGCCCAUCGCGCCUACAAGCAGUGCCACCACCAUCAAGACCUCUCCCCCUGUGACAGAGCCCACAACCACCAUCAUCACCACACCAACAGAGCCCAUUGCAUCUACCAGCAGUGCCAGCACCGCCAAGGCCUCCACCCCUCUGACAGAAGGCACGACCACCACCGUCACCACACCUACCAGCAUGGCCAGCACCAUCAAGACCUCUCCCCCUGUGACAAAAGGCACCACCACCAUCACACCAACAGCGCCCACCUCACCCACCAGUACCAGUACCGCCAGCACCUCCGCCACCACGGGCAGCUGCCACGAGCGCUGUGCCUGGACACAGUGGUUUGACGUGGACUACCCAGCCUCUGGUAGCGACGAUGGAGACAUAGAGACGUUUGCAAGUAUCCGAGCUGCUGGGUUUGAAGUGUGCGUGAAGCCACAGGACAUCAACUGCCGUGCUGAAAACUACCCCAACAGGAGCCUGGAGAGCCUGGGCCAGGUACUGGAGUGCAGCGUCGAAAAAGGCCUUGUGUGCAGAAACAAGGAUCAGAUCAGCAAGUACCCCAUGUGCUUCAACUACCAGGUCAGCGCGCUGUGCUGUGACCGCAAACACUGCGAGACAACACCAAGCACCACACCAAGCUCCUCAGCUACGCCCACUCCUGCAGAAACGUCCACUGAGACAACCCAGACUCCCGCACCACCCACUCCUUCCUCUACUCUACCCGAGCCGACAACGCCAACCAGUGCUGGCACCACGGUUGUGCUCAAGACCAGCGUCCCUGCAACACGGGGCACGACCAUCAUCAGCACAUCCACAGCGCCCACCUCACCCACCAGCAGUAAAAGCAGACCCACGACCACUGCAGAAACGACCACAACGUCCUCCACAACAUCCAUUCCGGUCGAAACGUCCACUGCGGCAACACCUACUCCAGCAUCACCCACUACUGCCUCUACCCUUCCCCAGUCAACGAUGACGACCACCACCAGCACCACGGUGAUCAGCAGGACCUCCACCUCUCCGGCACAGAGCACAACCACAUUCACAGCCCCAAGCAGUGCCCGCACCGCCAAGGCCUCCACCCCUGUGACAGAGCCCACAACCACCAUCAUCAUAACCACACCAACACAGCCCAUCGCGCCUACAAGCAGUGCCACCACCAUCAAGACCUCUCCCCCUGUGACAGAGCCCACAACCACCAUCAUCACCACACCAACAGAGCCCAUUGCAUCUACCAGCAGUGCCAGCACCGCCAAGGCCUCCACCCCUCUGACAGAAGGCACGACCACCACCGUCACCACACCUACCAGCAGUGCCAGCACCAUCAAGACCUCUCCCCCUGUGACAAAAAGCACCACCACCAUCACACCAACAGCGCCCACCUCACCCACCAGUACCAGUACCGCCAGCACCUCUGCCACCACGGGCAGCUGCCACGAGCGCUGUGCCUGGACACAGUGGUUUGAUGUGGACUACCCAGCCUCUGGUAGCGACGAUGGAGACAUAGAGACGUUUGCAAGUAUCCGAGCUGCUGGGUUUGAAGUGUGCGUGAAGCCACAGGACAUCAACUGCCGUGCUGAAAACUACCCCAACAGGAGCCUGGAGAGCCUGGGCCAGGUACUGGAGUGCAGCGUCGAAAAAGGCCUUGUGUGCAGAAACAAGGAUCAGAUCAGCAAGUACCCCAUGUGCUACAACUACCAGGUCAGUGCGCUGUGCUGUGACCGCAAACACUGCGAGACAACACCAAGCACCACACCAAGCUCCUCAGCUACGCCCACUCCUGCAGAAACGUCCACUGAGACAACCCAGACUCCCGCACCACCCACUCCUUCCUCUACUCUACCCGAGCCGACAACGCCAACCAGUGCUGGCACCACGGUUGUGCUCAAGACCAGCGUCCCUGCAACACGGGGCACGACCAUCAUCAGCACAUCCACAGCGCCCACCUCACCCACCAGCAGUAAAAGCAGACCCACGACCACUGCAGAAACGACCACAACGUCCUCCACAACAUCCAUUCCGGUCGAAACGUCCACUGCGGCAACACCUACUCCAGCAUCACCCACUACUGCCUCUACCCUUCCCCAGUCAACGAUGACGACCACCACCAGCACCACGGUGAUCAGCAGGACCUCCACCUCUCCGGCACAGAGCACAACCACAUUCACAGCCCCAAGCAGUGCCCGCACCGCCAAGGCCUCCACCCCUGUGACAGAGCCCACAACCACCAUCAUCAUAACCACACCAACACAGCCCAUCGCGCCUACAAGCAGUGCCACCACCAUCAAGACCUCUCCCCCUGUGACAGAGCCCACAACCACCAUCAUCACCACACCAACAGAGCCCAUUGCAUCUACCAGCAGUGCCAGCACCGCCAAGGCCUCCACCCCUCUGACAGAAGGCACGACCACCACCGUCACCACACCUACCAGCAUGGCCAGCACCAUCAAGACCUCUCCCCCUGUGACAAAAGGCACCACCACCAUCACACCAACAGCGCCCACCUCACCCACCAGUACCAGUACCGCCAGCACCUCCGCCACCACGGGCAGCUGCCACGAGCGCUGUGCCUGGACACAGUGGUUUGACGUGGACUACCCAGCCUCUGGUAGCGACGAUGGAGACAUAGAGACGUUUGCAAGUAUCCGAGCUGCUGGGUUUGAAGUGUGCGUGAAGCCACAGGACAUCAACUGCCGUGCUGAAAACUACCCCAACAGGAGCCUGGAGAGCCUGGGCCAGGUACUGGAGUGCAGCGUCGAAAAAGGCCUUGUGUGCAGAAACAAGGAUCAGAUCAGCAAGUACCCCAUGUGCUUCAACUACCAGGUCAGUGCGCUGUGCUGUGACCGCAAACACUGCGAGACAACACCAAGCACCACACCAAGCUCCUCAGCUACGCCCACUCCUGCAGAAACGUCCACUGAGACAACCCAGACUCCCGCACCACCCACUCCUUCCUCUACUCUACCCGAGCCGACAACGCCAACCAGUGCUGGCACCACGGUUGUGCUCAAGACCAGCGUCCCUGCAACACGGGGCACGACCAUCAUCAGCACAUCCACAGCGCCCACCUCACCCACCAGCAGUAAAAGCAGACCCACGACCACUGCAGAAACGACCACAACGUCCUCCACAACAUCCAUUCCGGUCGAAACGUCCACUGCGGCAACACCUACUCCAGCAUCACCCACUACUGCCUCUACCCUUCCCCAGUCAACGAUGACGACCACCACCAGCACCACGGUGAUCAGCAGGACCUCCACCUCUCCGGCACAGAGCACAACCACAUUCACAGCCCCAAGCAGUGCCCGCACCGCCAAGGCCUCCACCCCUGUGACAGAGCCCACAACCACCAUCAUCAUAACCACACCAACACAGCCCAUCGCGCCUACAAGCAGUGCCACCACCAUCAAGACCUCUCCCCCUGUGACAGAGCCCACAACCACCAUCAUCACCACACCAACAGAGCCCAUUGCAUCUACCAGCAGUGUCAGCACUGCCAAGGCCUCCACCCCUCUGACAGAAGGCACGACCACCACCGUCACCACACCUACCAGCAGUGCCAGCACCAUCAAGACCUCCCCCCCUGUGACAGAAGGCACCACCACCAUCACACCAACAGCGCCCACCUCACCCACCAGUACCAGUACCGCCAGCACCUCCGCCACCACGGGCAGCUGCCACGAGCGCUGUGCCUGGACACAGUGGUUUGACGUGGACUACCCAGCCUCUGGUAGCGACGAUGGAGACAUAGAGACGUUUGCAAGUAUCCGAGCUGCUGGGUUUGAAGUGUGCGUGAAGCCACAGGACAUCAACUGCCGUGCUGAAAACUACCCCAACAGGAGCCUGGAGAGCCUGGGCCAGGUACUGGAGUGCAGCGUCGAAAAAGGCCUUGUGUGCAGAAACAAGGAUCAGAUCAGCAAGUACCCCAUGUGCUACAACUACCAGGUCAGUGCGCUGUGCUGUGACCGCAAACACUGCGAGACAACACCAAGCACCACACCAAGCUCCUCAGCUACGCCCACUCCUGCAGAAACGUCCACUGAGACAACCCAGACUCCCGCACCACCCACUCCUUCCUCUACUCUACCCGAGCCGACAACGCCAACCAGUGCUGGCACCACGGUUGUGCUCAAGACCAGCGUCCCUGCAACACGGGGCACGACCAUCAUCAGCACAUCCACAGCGCCCACCUCACCCACCAGCAGUAAAAGCAGACCCACGACCACUGCAGAAACGACCACAACGUCCUCCACAACAUCCAUUCCGGUCGAAACGUCCACUGCGGCAACACCUACUCCAGCAUCACCCACUACUGCCUCUACCCUUCCCCAGUCAACGAUGACGACCACCACCAGCACCACGGUGAUCAGCAGGACCUCCACCUCUCCGGCACAGAGCACAACCACAUUCACAGCCCCAAGCAGUGCCCGCACCGCCGAGGCCUCCACCCCUGUGACAGAGCCCACAACCACCAUCAUCAUAACCACACCAACACAGCCCAUCGCGCCUACAAGCAGUGCCACCACCAUCAAGACCUCUCCCCCUGUGACAGAGCCCACAACCACCAUCAUCACCACACCAACAGAGCCCAUUGCAUCUACCAGCAGUGCCAGCACCGCCAAGGCCUCCACCCCUCUGACAGAAGGCACGACCACCACCGUCACCACACCUACCAGCAGUGCCAGCACCAUCAAGACCUCCCCCCCUGUGACAGAAGGCACCACCACCAUCACACCAACAGCGCCCACCUCACCCACCAGUACCAGUACCGCCAGCACCUCCGCCACCACGGGCAGCUGCCACGAGCGCUGUGCCUGGACACAGUGGUUUGACGUGGACUACCCAGCCUCUGGUAGCGACGAUGGAGACAUAGAGACGUUUGCAAGUAUCCGAGCUGCUGGGUUUGAAGUGUGCGUGAAGCCACAGGACAUCAACUGCCGUGCUGAAAACUACCCCAACAGGAGCCUGGAGAGCCUGGGCCAGGUACUGGAGUGCAGCGUCGAAAAAGGCCUUGUGUGCAGAAACAAGGAUCAGAUCAGCAAGUACCCCAUGUGCUACAACUACCAGGUCAGUGCGCUGUGCUGUGACCGCAAACACUGCGAGACAACACCAAGCACCACACCAAGCUCCUCAGCUACGCCCACUCCUGCAGAAACGUCCACUGAGACAACCCAGACUCCCGCACCACCCACUCCUUCCUCUGCUCUACCCGAGCCGACAACACCAACCAGUGCUGGCACCACGGUUGUGCUCAAGACCAGCGUCCCUGCAACACGGGGCACGACCAUCAUCAGCACAUCCACAGCGCCCACCUCACCCACCAGCAGUAAAAGCAGACCCACGACCACUGCAGAAACGACCACAACGUCCUCCACAACAUCCAUUCCGGUCGAAACGUCCACUGCGGCAACACCUACUCCAGCAUCACCCACUACUGCCUCUACCCUUCCCCAGUCAACGAUGACGACCACCACCAGCACCACGGUGAUCAGCAGGACCUCCACCUCUCCGGCACAGAGCACAACCACAUUCACAGCCCCAAGCAGUGCCCGCACCGCCGAGGCCUCCACCCCUGUGACAGAGCCCACAACCACCAUCAUCAUAACCACACCAACACAGCCCAUCGCGCCUACAAGCAGUGCCACCACCAUCAAGACCUCUCCCCCUGUGACAGAGCCCACAACCACCAUCAUCACCACACCAACAGAGCCCAUUGCAUCUACCAGCAGUGCCAGCACUGCCAAGGCCUCCACCCCUCUGACAGAAGGCACGACCACCACCGUCACCACACCUACCAGCAGUGCCAGCACCAUCAAGACCUCCCCCCCUGUGACAGAAGGCACCACCACCAUCACACCAACAGCGCCCACCUCACCCACCAGUACCAGUACCGCCAGCACCUCCGCCACCACGGGCAGCUGCCACGAGCGCUGUGCCUGGACACAGUGGUUUGACGUGGACUACCCAGCCUCUGGUAGCGACGAUGGAGACAUAGAGACGUUUGCAAGUAUCCGAGCUGCUGGGUUUGAAGUGUGCGUGAAGCCACAGGACAUCAACUGCCGUGCUGAAAACUACCCCAACAGGAGCCUGGAGAGCCUGGGCCAGGUACUGGAGUGCAGCGUCGAAAAAGGCCUUGUGUGCAGAAACAAGGAUCAGAUCAGCAAGUACCCCAUGUGCUACAACUACCAGGUCAGUGCGCUGUGCUGUGACCGCAAACACUGCGAGACAACACCAAGCACCACACCAAGCUCCUCAGCUACGCCCACUCCUGCAGAAACGUCCACUGAGACAACCCAGACUCCCGCACCACCCACUCCUUCCUCUACUCUACCCGAGCCGACAACGCCAACCAGUGCUGGCACCACGGUUGUGCUCAAGACCAGCGUCCCUGCAACACGGGGCACGACCAUCAUCAGCACAUCCACAGCGCCCACCUCACCCACCAGCAGUAAAAGCAGACCCACGACCACUGCAGAAACGACCACAACGUCCUCCACAACAUCCAUUCCGGUCGAAACGUCCACUGCGGCAACACCUACUCCAGCAUCACCCACUACUGCCUCUACCCUUCCCCAGUCAACGAUGACGACCACCACCAGCACCACGGUGAUCAGCAGGACCUCCACCUCUCCGGCACAGAGCACAACCACAUUCACAGCCCCAAGCAGUGCCCGCACCGCCAAGGCCUCCACCCCUGUGACAGAGCCCACAACCACCAUCAUCAUAACCACACCAACACAGCCCAUCGCGCCUACAAGCAGUGCCACCACCAUCAAGACCUCUCCCCCUGUGACAGAGCCCACAACCACCAUCAUCACCACACCAACAGAGCCCAUUGCAUCUACCAGCAGUGCCAGCACCGCCAAGGCCUCCACCCCUCUGACAGAAGGCACGACCACCACCGUCACCACACCUACCAGCAGUGCCAGCACCAUCAAGACCUCCCCCCCUGUGACAGAAGGCACCACCACCAUCACACCAACAGCGCCCACCUCACCCACCAGUACCAGUACCGCCAGCACCUCCGCCACCACGGGCAGCUGCCACGAGCGCUGUGCCUGGACACAGUGGUUUGACGUGGACUACCCAGCCUCUGGUAGCGACGAUGGAGACAUAGAGACGUUUGCAAGUAUCCGAGCUGCUGGGUUUGAAGUGUGCGUGAAGCCACAGGACAUCAACUGCCGUGCUGAAAACUACCCCAACAGGAGCCUGGAGAGCCUGGGCCAGGUACUGGAGUGCAGCGUCGAAAAAGGCCUUGUGUGCAGAAACAAGGAUCAGAUCAGCAAGUACCCCAUGUGCUACAACUACCAGGUCAGUGCGCUGUGCUGUGACCGCAAACACUGCGAGACAACACCAAGCACCACACCAAGCUCCUCAGCUACACCCACUCCUGCAGAAACGUCCACUGAGACAACCCAGACUCCCGCACCACCCACUCCUUCCUCUACUCUACCCGAGCCGACAACACCAACCAGUGCUGGCACCACGGUUGUGCUCAAGACCAGCGUCCCUGCAACACGGGGCACGACCAUCAUCAGCACAUCCACAGCGCCCACCUCACCCACCAGCAGUAAAAGCAGACCCACGACCACUGCAGAAACGACCACAACGUCCUCCACAACAUCCAUUCCGGUCGAAACGUCCACUGCGGCAACACCUACUCCAGCAUCACCCACUACUGCCUCUACCCUUCCCCAGUCAACGAUGACGACCACCACCAGCACCACGGUGACCAGCAGGACCUCCACCUCUCCGGCACAGAGCACAACCACAUUCACAGCCCCAAGCAGUGCCCGCACCGCCAAGGCCUCCACCCCUGUGACAGAGCCCACAACCACCAUCAUCAUAACCACACCAACACAGCCCAUCGCGCCUACAAGCAGUGCCACCACCAUCAAGACCUCUCCCCCUGUGACAGAGCCCACAACCACCAUCAUCACCACACCAACGUCCUCCACAACAUCCAUUCUGGUGGAAACAUCCACUGUGGCUACCCAGACUCCAUCAUCAGGCACUACUGCCUCUACCCUCCCCAAUGCAACGAUUCCAUGGAAGACAGGGACUACAGUUAUUCUUCCAACUUCUGUUUCUUCUACCAGCCAAAGUACCACCACCUCUGUAUUUCCCACUAGGUUUACCACCACUGGUAGCCCAGGUAUGUCAUUGUCAAUCUCUCUUAUGUUUGGAAGCAAGUACACUGUUAUAAGAGCAUUGCUAUCAUUAUCACCAAGUUUAUCACCAAGUUCAAGGUGCUGCUUCUGGGUUGGGUCUAUCCCAGAGAGGAUUACAGACUGGGGGACGAACUCAUUGAGAGCAGAAUCCAGACAGGGACUUGAGGGUUCUAGUGGUCAAAAGGCUCGCCAUGAACCAGCAGUUUGUGUUUGGAGUCCAGAAGCCCAACUGAGUCCUGGGCUACAUCAAAAGAGUUGUGACCAGCAGGUCCAGGAAGAUGAUUGUUCCCCUGUACUCUGCCCUCAUGAGGCCCUGCCUGGAAUACUGCAUCCAGAUUUACAAAAUCCAGAUGAUACUUGGUGUAGAGUUGUAAAAUAUCCCCAAUCUCCAUUUAACAAAAGUGGGUCAAAUAGUGGAAUGCAACCAAAUGUUGCCUUUAGUUGCCUGAAUGUUGAACAGUCCCCUGCACUAUGUUGGAAUUAUUUGAACCAAAACCUGUGCUGUGAACUAAACUAUGUUUUGUGCUUAACAGUAUCUACAUCUGGUACCUCACAGUCAAGCCACAUAACAACAAGCACUUCUGCGAUCUUCAGUUCUUCCCUCACCACAGCUUUCACAACAGAAGCAAGUACAAUUGUUACAUUAAGCAGACCAACUCCAUGUUUUUGUCACGUCUUUGGUGAUUUGUUUUCUCCUGGGGAAGUUGUAUACAACAGAACAGAUAGGGCUGGAUGUAAUUUUUAUGCGCUUUGCAGCAACGAAUGCGAAAUUGCCCCAUUUCAAGGGCCAUGUCCUCCAACAACUCCUUUAACUUCAGAGUCCUCAGAAACAACACAGGCCUCCUCAUCCACAGAACACAUAUUUUCUUCUGUCUCACCAACCACAGCAACAUCCCUCACAACUGCAGCAGAAAGAAACUGUACUAAUGUCAGUCCUCCACGAAAGGUGGUUACUGUUAUUUUUCCUGGAGAGAAAUGGACAAGUGAAUGCCAGGACUGUGUCUGUGACCCACUCACUUCUACUGUGCAAUGUCAGCCACUCCCAUGCCAAACAGCUCAGACACCAAUUUGUGAAAUAGGAUUUGUUUCCACACCUGUAUUACCAUCAAAAGACCCAUGUUGUCCUGAAUUUGAAUGCAAACAAAUACCCGACAUCUGUGUGGUUAAUGGCACAAUGUAUAUGGGUCAUGAAUAUAAGAUUGAGGACGGAGACUGCUGUGGGAAGUGUGUUGAAGUAGCUUGCAAAAUCAAACUAAGUAACAACACUAUUCAGGUGCUCAGUGUUGAUGAGAUUCUGCCACUUGAUCUCUGCAGCUACUACAAAUGUGAAAAAAUUGAAGAUCAAUAUGUUACAGUCCAAACUAAAAAAGUGUGCCCUGAAUUCGAUCCAACAGAGUGUGAUACUACUGGAGGUUUGAAGCAUCUGUUUAUUUUUUCCUGUUCUUCUGAAGCUACAAACUGCAAAGCUUACAGCACGAAAACUGUGAUCCGACACGAAGACUGUGAAUCUUCUGAACCUGUUGAGCUGGCCUAUUGUGAAGGGACUUGUCCUGGCUCCUCUGUGUAAGUUCCAAAAAAAUAAUUUAGCAUCUCUUUAGCUUCAUUUAUAGCGUGGUUUCUGUUAACUUCAUCACAGAAUAGCAACAAAGUUCACAUGUUCACAAUUCCAUUGAGUAGAAUCAGACUCAAAGAACAGUUUCACUAUUGAAAAUAUAAGUUAUUAAAAUCACAGUCAUAGGAUGGUGAGGGAGGGGGGUAUGUGUGAAAAAAAAGUCACUACGGGGUUCCUGGGUGUUGAUUUUUAAUGAGAAUAUAUGCUUUCUUUUUCUGGCAAAAUGCAGGUAUUCUCUUGAAGCAAACCAGAUGCAACAUGAGUGUAGUUGCUGCCAGGAGUUCAGCAGCCAAACAAGAGAGGUGACCCUGACUUGCCAAAAUGGAACAAGCAUAAAUUAUAACUAUGUCUAUGUGGAACAGUGCCAGUGUAUGAACGCGUGCACUUCACAGAUCUCUCAAAUAGAUGGUUACCAAUCAAAAAUCAGUGAAAAACUGACAUGAUCAUUGCAAAAAGAAAACAGAGAGAGCCUAGGGAAGCUAGAAUCACAUCUUCCUGAAAAUAACCUGCACUCCUUCUUUAACUGAUACUAUUUCAGUUUCUUUUCUUUUAUCUUACCUUUUUUUGUAAAAACAAAGAGUUAAUUUUUUUUAUUUAAGUGAUACCGUUUUGAAAGUGAAAAAUAAAUGACCAUGUAAAAUAUCUUGCUGUACAUUAUGCAAAUAGGCCAGUAUGCAUCAGUGCCAUCACAGAUCACAAAACUGACAUUCUACAAAAAGACUAAAAGGGCUCUGAAAACAAAACCAGAGAACAGUGUAGCUACAUUGCACUUAACUCUUGUGACUAGAGAAAGUUUUAUUGGAUAGCAUUUUCAUGGAUGUAAUGCUCUUGACAGACAUCACACAGUGACAGAGGAAAGACUGUUUUGCUGUUCAUUUUGUCUCUUAUUUAAUCAAUAAAACUUUCAGCAUUUUUCAAAUGCAUGAGUGGUGACUUUGAUACUUGUGCUCACUAUCUAAAUGAUGGGAAGUUAAUGACAUCAGACUUCUGUGUUGGGUUUUUUGUUGGUUUUAUAAGAUCAGAUGAGUGUAAUCUCAGUUUCCUGUAUUAUCUAAAAGUUUUUGAAUGGAUUUACACUAGAGAGAAAUGUGGUUGCAUUUUCCCACAGUAGUUCAUCAUGUUUACCUGAACUGUUUGGAGCACUUACCCUAUCAGUAUCUGUUAUAACACAAAGCCUGAUAUCUGACCUGAAGGCUUGGCUGAAAAACAAAGGAGGAACUGAUUGAUCAAAUAAUUACACAUCUUAUACAUGUUUAUUUAGAAGUUAAAUUCAAUCCCUGAAUGAAAUCAGUAGCACUCUCUCUAUUGGCCUUCACAGGCAGGACCUGAUCUCAUAGUGGGAUUAUCCAGAGGGAGGCUUUACAUUUUAGCAUUGAACUCCAUAUCACAAGUACAGAGUUUGCCAGACCCACAGUGGGAAAGCAGGCUUCAAGCAAGGUUACUACCUAUGACAGCAGAGCAAACAGUACUUGCUGCGCCUUCUCCGAUCUCUGAUAAAGGCGCUUGUCAUUGGGAACACGGGCUGGAGCCAGACCAGCCAUGCUCUGUCUGUUCCACAAUUUCACCACUGCAUUCUCAGACCCUAAACCCCAGGUAUCACUGUGAGGAGACAUCAGAAGAGUGACUGGUGGGUCAAGCAGUUUGACAGCUUCAGUGCAGCUUCCCAUAUCUCUGGCUUCCGCAGUGUUUAGAGCUUUGGGCAUACCAUGACAGGAACAGAGUGAGCCUGCUGGGAUCUAGAACUGUGGUGGCAUGCAUAACCAGCACACCUGCCAUGGGAGGGCUUGCUGUGUAAGAGGCAUUCACAUACACUGGCCAUGUGAAACCUGGCAUUAUAAUGCUGAGCUAGCAAUCAAAAUUUGGGUUGAGCAAAUCAAUGCCUGCAGAGUUCACAGGUCACUGGGUGCAGAACUCAAAAUCCCAGUGACAGUAACAUAAAAACAAAAUCUAAACACUUCUGAAGUUGCCUUUGAGUUCAGACAAACCAGUGAAAUUUGGGUGCAUUUCCCCUUCCUCUCCACCUCCCUAAUCCCUAUACUCCAAGUGUUUAGUACCAUGUUCACAAUUUACAAAGCUUCCCUAACUUUUCCUGGGCUGCUGGUUUUCCUGAACUGAAGUACUGUGUUAGCACAUUAAUAGGACGUUUGAGUCUUAAACUGCCCUCUAAUGGUCAUUUACUUUAAGGAGAACUAACACAGGACCUAUUUCCUUAAUUCUACUGGAGAUAUUAAGCUUCAUAGAGCAUCUUCAUCCAUCAGAGAUCAAUAAUAGUAGCAGUUAAAAAUAUUUCAAUUCAAUGUAAACUAUGGAAGAUGAAGAGGUUAUUCCUCAAAGCUAGAUACCAAAUGAGAUCUCACUGGGGUCCUCAAUGGGCAUGUACCACAUUCAUAGAAAAGAAGUAACACCAUAAUUGACAGGUCAGAAAAUAUGAUUGUAGUUCAGGUGUGGUGUUGUGGUUUUUUUUUUUUUUGUACUUUAAAACCAGUCCUUUGGAAAAUGCUAGAAACCACUGAAUUUUCUCUGAUGUCCUUAAAACACAGUUUCGCAUAUUUUUUAAGGGAAAUUUCUCCUCUUGAUAUUACCAGAUUAUGCUCUUUCUUCAAAGUUUUCUUGGGACUUGGAGAAGAAUUGAGAAAUAGGAAAAUUCACCGUAAUAACUGGGAGCUGUUCCCAGUUUACAGCAUCAAUUCAAUUUCAUUGAAUCUUUUAAAUUACUUUUAAUCUAUUUGGCUAUUUUCUAGUCCUCCAUCUGACUGAACGUUGUCGGUAGUUUCUCUUUUGGAAAGCCUAGAGCAAGUGUAAGUAAAUCAAUGUGGAAGGCAAAGGGCCUUGUAAAUGAAUGCUCUGCAAAUACCUCAUCCAGUUCAAUUCGGUGAUAACUAAGUUCUGUUCUCCCAGUUAUGAACUCUGGCUGUAUAUUAUGGAUGCUCCUUUGAAACUUGCAAGUGUCUUAUGUGUAAGUACUACAGUUCCACAAAUACACUGACUUUUACCAAGCACUUAUAUUUGCCCAGUUCUAACGUGAGAUCAGACAAUAAAACCUUUGAAUUAGUUGCUAAUGGGACACACUUAAAUUCUCAAUACACUCCACAGAUUUGUUUAAAUGUCAGAACAUUGCCACAUCAGUAAAUUGUACUAACUUGGUAGUUUCACCAUAUAUGCAUAUUACCACAUGACCUUCCCUAAUGCACAAGUCCACCAUAGUUAGUUAACUAGAGAAAUUACUUAUUUCCUAACAUAGGCAAAUGCUUUUCUCUGCUAAGUUUACAUGAAACAUCAGUAUACUUCAUUAUGGUAAAUAUAGGAUGAAAAGUCUGUUUCAGUUUCAGGUUAUUUUGAUAACCCCACACAAAUUUUUAAACCUCAUGCUACAGGCCAUAUGCUGAUUUUUAAUUAGAGCUGUGAAAAAAAAUCUCAUUUUGCAACUUUCUCUUACCAGUAUUAUAAAAAAAGACACAAGGCACGUACCUCACAGGGUUAUUUUCUAUGCAGUGAUCUCAGUAUCAGUUUCUGCCAGCACCAGUACAUAGGCUGGACUGACUGCCAGCCUUAUUCCUGUUAGGGCUCAAAUGAAAAUGAAAUAUCCAAAAGGAUAUAUAUUACAGCUUUCUAUAUGUGGUUAAUUACCAAUUAAGAAUACGUAGUUGAUGGUUAAACACUUGAAAAAUCUACCAAUAACCAAAAGUUUCUCAUGCAGCAGUGCUUACCACGUGAUCUGCAUUGAAAAAGGGCCUGAUCCGAAACAGUAAGUUUUGUGAAAAUAUCCCUUUGAUACCAGGCUGCUUUGAAUCAAACCCCGCAUUUAAGGAAAAAGGCAAUGUUGUUUACAUUAAGUACCUCACCCCUGAAAGUGCUGAUUCAGUUCUAGUAAUACUAACAAGCUUAGGUACUGCAGCCUUAUUCUCAUGACUAAACUGAGUAGAUUUGCUACUCAAUUGCCAUAAGAAAGCUGCUUCUUAAAUACUUCUCAGACUUGUUGGAAGCAUUACUAUUUCUUGGCUGCAUAUACAUCUCAUUACAAAAGACGGUUCCAGCACACAAUACUGAAAUCCAUUUUCCUUCUCUAAUUAGACUGUGUUUUUCCAAGAAAAUAUACUGAUAUAUACUUGAAGAUGCAAGUAUAUUCAUGGAGAGCUGACACAGCCUACUCUUGGUACCAUACCUCAAAAGCGACGUGAAACAGGAC